GACGACUAUUUGAUAGCGAUAUACAAAUUUCUAUAUCCAUUUCAAUUUCUAGAUUUUAAUUUAUUGACUUUAUUUUAUCUAGAUAGGUAGUCAUAUAUGCAUUAUUAAUUUUGACGUUAUGGGAAGCGACAUCGAUAAAGGGAACUUUGGGGACAGCGCUCGCAACCGAUCAAAGUAUGAAUUGCACAAAAUAAAAUCAAACCACGUGUUCGAUGGAGCCGGUGAAAAUGUGCACUACCACAGCGAUACCGAGUCGCUAGGUUCCAGAAAGAGUAAAACACGAUACAUCAACCCAGCGAUUUGUAUUGAAACAGUCGAGUCUACCCACUCUGCAACUUCUCUGCAAACAGAUUCUUCUAUCAUCGAUGAUGUGACCCCACAUCCACACAGUUCUUACAGGAGUAAUUCAACCCCUUUUCUAACUGGGCGCGUAUCGAAUACGUCCUCUGGGAGUGUGAAGCGUAAGUCUUGCCGCCUUGGUAAUCAAGCAGUGUGUUGCGAUAAUGACGCGACGCCACGCGAAAGUCGAACGUAUCGCGAAGACGGUGCGGAUACUUUUCGUUUAUCUGUGGCUUCGGUUUCCACGACCACCACAGCUAAGGAAGAACGCGAGCGAAAUGAGAGGAAGCGCCAGGAAGCAUUUGAACAGUGGUUGGCGCGGAAAGAACAUGAGAAACGAGAAAAAGCACGGUUAGAGAAAAUGAAAAUGCAAGUAGCAGCUUCUACAACGGCCCAGCAACGGGAGGAAUCGUUUAAGAAGUGGUUGGAGCGGAAACGUAUGCAAACCGAGCGUCGCAAAGCAGAAGAGAUCAUGCGACAGUACCGCACCAACGAGCGACUCGAGCUGGAGAACAAGAAACGACAGAGGGACAAAGAAGAGAAGUUGGCAGAGUGGAUAAAGAAGAAAGAAGAGGAGAUGAAAUCAAUGAAAACUCGAGCUGAACGGAAAGCUGCGCGUGCGGCGAUAGAAGAAGAGCGUCGACGGGUACAAGGCGAACGAGCCUACCGCGAUUGGCUGCGAACAAGCAAGAAUAAACCACUGCCUGUACCUUUGAACCAAGGGGAACUUAGUAUGCGUGGUUCAGUGUCUCAAAUGUAUAUAAACCCCGUUCCAUGGCAGUCACCAACGUAGUGAAAACCAAGGACGAAUCUACGCGAACUUAUGACUGCAAAUUAAAACAAAAUUCCGGCAGCUAUCGCAAAAAUAAGUUCCAUUAUUUCGUUC